AUGAGGGAUGCAGCAUGGUGUGGAAAAGAUGGCCACAAGUUACCUCAUAUCAACCCUGAGGCGGCCUACAACGAACGGCAAACCUCCCGCCAACGGCUCGCGCGGGUUCCUGGAACUUGUAGUUCUUUCCCUCCCGACUCUCCUCCCGAUGACGCGGAUUGGACGAUCAGAGGCCUACCCGGAAGUGUUGCUAUGGCGGCGGUGCCCCCCUUCAGUGGCCUGGUCUCCGAGUUGGAAACCUACCGGGGCAGAGACCGAGUGAUACGCACCAUCUGCUAUGGCUGUCAACUGGCUGGAGGGAUUUUGGUGGCCAGAAGACAACCUGGAGAACCAUCCCUUGGCCAAGGCCUCCUGGCUGUCUCAGCACAACUGAGUCACUGUCGAACAGUUCUACGGCUUUUUGAUGACCUAGCCAUGCUUUCCUAUAGCUGCCAGUAUGGACUGGGGAACAAGGAGAAGGAUACAGCAAUGCGCUGGCUUUCCAUCUUCAACAACGUAGCUGACCAGCUUUAUUACCCCUGUGAGCAUGUGGCCUGGGCUGCCGAUGCUGAAAUUAUCCAUGCCAACUCAAGUAGGUGGUGGACACUCAGUACGACUCUCUGGGGCUUUUCUCUGCUGCUGGGGAUUGCACGAUCUCUCCGAAUUUUAUUACUCCUAAGAAGAAAGCAGCAUACAGAAUCCAGAGACUUCUAUCAGAAAACAAGGGCUGAAAUGCACAUACAAGCCUUGACCAUCAUCAGCAACCUGGCUGACCUUGCCAAUGCCAUCCACUGGUUGCCUCCAGGAAUUCUCUGGGCUGGAAAGUUUUCUCCAUGGUUUGUGGGCCUCAUGGGAAGUAUUUCUUCCUUCAUUGGGAUCUAUCAAAACUAUGCAGGGGCCAGUUGUGGAACAGUUUGAACAGCAGCUUCACAGUGCUGAAUUGAGUGGAGAAAAGGGGCCAUCACAGCAAUUCAUGAAGGGUUGCAUAAUCUCUGUUGAAAUGGGGGACAGUAAUUCCUAUUAUGGUGGAGGCUAGAUUGGGAUUAGGUUCUACUAUUAAAACAUGGUGCUGCUUUUAUAUAACUCAUAGGCACUUUCCUGGAGGAUCUAUUUGCGAGAGCUUAUAGUGUUUAGUUUGCCUACUUCACUCUCUGUAUAGGUAGUCCUUGAGUUACAACCACAUUGGAGCCUGGAAUUUCAGUCAUGUCACUGUUAUCAUAAGUCAAAGCACCACAUGACCAGACUUGAUUUUACAAUUGUUUUUACAAUGAUUGUAGAGUGAGUCACUGAUUGUUAAAUGAAUUACAUGGUGGCUAAGCAAAUCUAUUCUUCUAAAUGGGCAUUUUUUGCUGGAAAUUGGCAAGAAAAGAAAACCCAGAAACUGGUGAAAACAUCACAAAUUGUGGUCACAUGGUCACAGGAUGCUACAGUCAGUCAUAAAUGCAAGCCAACUGCCUUGCGCCCAAAAUGUAAUCAUGUGACCGUGGGAAGGGGGAGGUAGUCAUAUCCUCAAGGACCCGUUAUAUGUAGCUUUUUAACAGUAUGUUGUAAUUUCAACCUGUUGUUAGCUACCUUAAGGGACAAAUGGCUGCCCUGCCAAUUAAAUAAUUUGGCUAUGUUUUUUAUGUGAAGAAUACAGUCUUGCUCUAUGUACAGUAUUUUAAUGUAAAACAAUUAGGACUGAUAAUAAAAGAUACAAUCUCACAUUUUUCCUUAGCUGAUUGGCUCUUUUGAUAUAGCUCUGAACACUUGUCUUUUCAUCAAAUGUUUACUUGGAGUAUGAAAUCCUGUUCACUCAUAGCUACAUUCAAUUUCAGAGAGCCAGUUUGGCGUAGUGGUUCAGGCAUCAGGCUAGAAACUAAACCAUGAGUUCUAGUCCUACACUAGGCCCAAAGCCAGCUGGGCCAGUCACACUGUCAGAUCUAGGUUGGAGACAGUGGCAAACCACUGCUGAAAAACCUUGCCAAGAAAACUGCAGGGACUAAGACAGGCAGUUGGCAGGAAUCAACACUGGCUAGAAGACACCAAAAAAGCAAGCAAAUAAACUCAAAUUCCACUGCAGAGAAAUCUCAGGGCAUUAAAGAGUAGCUGCCCAAUUCACAAUGCAGUGGAGACAUUGCCACUUUUGGACAUAAUUAUGUUUUCACACCAUAGAACAUCUUUCAUGAUUCGCUCCUUUUGCACCAGUUUAUUUGGCUUUCAUCCACAUCUGAUCUCCAACAU